AAUGAGCUGUGCAUGUGGAAGUAAUCUUCCAGGCAACAGCACGGAGAAACGCCGAUGCCCCGGGCACGAGGGCCCUUGUCCCUGUGCAGGAGUGACAGCGCUCACCCGAGUGGAGGGGCAGCAAGCCCAGGCCAUGCACACUACCCCGGCCAUCCCUGUUCCCGUGCCCGUGCUCCGACUCCCUCGAGGUCCAGAUGGCUUCAGUCGUGGCUUUGCCCCUGAUGGACGCAGGGCCCGCCUGAGGCCGGAAGCUCCUGACAUCCAAGGGCGUCCCAGUGUUCAAGAAUCUCAGGACUCCCGGGAGCAGCAGGCCCGAGCCGCCCUCCGGGAGCGCUACCUCCGCAGCCUGCUGGCCAUGGUGGGGCGCCCGGUGGGGUUCACUUUACAUGAGGGCGUGCAUGUGACUGCCCACUUUGGAGCCACAGACCUGGAUGUGGCUAACUUCUACGUGUCACAGCUGCAGACUCCCAUAGGUGUUCAGGCCGAGGCGCUGCUCCGAUGUAGUGACAUCAUCUCAUACACUUUCAAGCUGUGAUGACAAGACAGUGUGACGUUCACCCUUCUGCUCUACUGCAGUGUCCCAGGUCUCCAAACAUCCCUGGGACCAGCAACUUUGGGCUCCGUAGAACCACUUGGAAUUCUAAGGCAUGCUAUGAAACUGUGGAUUCUUUGAAACACUCCAAGCCAUGGUUGGAGGCAGGGUGAUCCUAAGUUCGAGGCCAGCCUGGGCUACACAGUGAGACUGUCUUAAAACACACAAACAAGAAAAACUACAACCCCAGGAGUUCUAAGUGUCCUGGACAGGACUGUCCACCCCAUAGAGCUCUGACAUCGACGGAAACAGGGGUCUGACUGCACUUCUGAAGAUGAGUCUGGGGUGGGUUUGAACGAGGCAGAGUGGGAGGGAUUGAAGAGCUGACUAAGUGGAGCCAUCCUGAACAUGUUUCCCAGUGCUGCUACUACCAAAGAAAUCAUAAUCCCCAAAAA